GGAGCGUUUGAAAGAAAAGUAGAAGGACUCAAUAUUGGAUUUCGUAUACUUUUUUCAUAGUACGAUUCUUGAAAUGAUGUAUACAUAUCAUAUAAUAAGUAUGCUUCAACUGAAAUGUAUAAAAUAUAUCACUAAAUACAAAUAGCAAGUCACUUUUAGAGAAAGUACGUAAGUCCAUUUAAUAGCUACAAGUUAUAACUGAAUAUAAAAAAAAAAUAAAAAAAAAAAAUGUCAUUUGUUAGCUCAGUAAAUAGUAGUAACGAAGAAUCGAUGAACGAUAGUGAUAACGAUUAUAACAAUAUGAGUAUAAAUGAUGAGGUUAAAUCAUUUAAAUCGACGAAAAAAGACAUACGUAAUAAAAAUAUAAAACAAGUCAAAUCAAAUAAGAAUAAAACAAUGGCUAAAAAAAAUAUUUCAUAUUUGGAUAUUGAAAAAUUACUACAAAAUGAAAAGAUUGAAACUGAUAUCAUAAAUACUAUUACGGUAAAACAAGAUGAUGAUCUGAUAAAUGUUAAAUCUCCAACUGAUGAAAGAAGUUCCGAGUACUGGACCAUCAGUCACUAUAAGAUCAAAAAUAUUAAGAAUGUUGAUAGCAAGAACAGAUGGAAACAUGCUGAAUGUAGCCUUAAAGUAACGAUAACCGAUCAAACAAAAGAUCAAGAACUUAAGAAUAAUUUAACAGAGGUUGUACAAAAAAUAUUCACGCGCUUUAUGACUGAUCCAAAGAGGAAGAUAACAAGAUCUAAAUUAUCAAAGACAUAAUAAUGUAUUUAUUAAUGACAGUAGAAAAAAAAUUUGAAUAUAUAAUAGGUGGUACUAUGUAAAAUAAAAAAAAAAAAAAUUUUCAGUUUAAAUAUACUUGUUUUAUUUUUUUUAUACCAUCACUCACAUUGUAUAUCAAUUAAAUAUUAUAUUAUAUUAUAUUUUAUUUAUGUAUAUAAAACAAAAACUAUAUAUAAAUUACUGGUUAACAGCUGAUUGAAAAAAAAAAAAAUUAGACUACUAAGUCUUGUAAUAUCAUAUCUGAUAGUGAGUUAUAAUGAUACUGUAAUAAUUCAUACAUAAAAGAAAUAUCGUUAGACUCCAUAUUACUAUAACUUAAGUCAUAAUUCUGAAUAUAUUGGUUUGUAAAUUCAUUCCGACGACAAGAAAAAGGUAACCCAUUUACAUCUGCCAUAAUUAGUGAAUAUGCCGUGUCAAAAGUCUUUUGAUAACUUAACAAUUUUUUUUGUUUUUCAAUAAUAUAUAAUCAAUACAGUGUUGCAAUUGUUUCAAACGGUGUAAAUCGGUAUGUGAUAAAGUAAUAUAAUUUUCAUUAGAAUGUAAUAUAAUUGAAGACUGUUUCACAUUAACAGAAUAACUUAAAUUGUCAGUUAUUCUUACACGUUUACAUCGAGUUUGCAGAUUAUCGAUAAUUGUAUUGUAAUUAUUUUCACACAUUAAUGUAAGCCAUUGUUCAAGAUCAAGGUUUAAAAUCUUUUUAGUUAUUUUACAUUCUAAUAAUAUAACGAUUGAAAUUUUUUGUUAACAAGCAAUCCAACUGUUACACUUUUUUUACCAUACGGUCGAAUUUCGAAUACUGACUUUGAAACAACUGGUGAAAUCAUAUUGUAGCUAGCGGUCUUUAAA